AUGUCUAACGACGGACCCGAAGACGGAGAUGCCGACACCUUGCGUGCGAACCACACCCACCAGCAUCACCAAUACCACCAUCACCAACAUUACCAACACCCAUCCGAUCCUCCCAUCUUGCCCCCGAAUCCCCCCGCCGUGCAGCUGCCUGCCGCCUCGCAUCCCACAGACGACGCCCUCUUUCCUUUCCGCCUUUCAGACCUCCGACUGCUGGCCGAACCACGCCCGGGUGACGUCGAGGACGUCGAGGACCCCGGUAGGGAAUUGUUGCACCGCGACAACCACGACGCCGAGCCCGACGCCGAGCCCGACGACCCAGCCGAUGAUGCCAAUUCCGCCGCCGAUGCCCGAUCCGACACCCGAUCCGACCGCCCAUCGCUCGAUGCCACCGAGGCCGGCGUGAGCACCUUCGACCGCGUCGCCGGAAACGACGCCGCAUCCCUUGUUUCAAUUGACGACGUGUCCAUUGCGGGAGGUCAGGCGCCUUCGUUGUGGUCGCUCGAGACCAGCGACUACGAAAAUGGCUUCCAGGAGAGACACGGGAGGACAUACCACCCGCUAGAAGAGUACAUUCUCCCCAACGACACUACUGAGCAGUUCCGCCUUGAUAUCCAACAUCUUCUUUGGUUGGCCACCUGGGAUGGCCGCCUUUGCAUGUGUCCCAAGAAGGACGGCGCGUCGCGCGUCCUCGACGUCGGCACGGGGACCGGCGUUUGGGCCAUGGCGUACGCCGACGAACACCCAGAAGCAGUUGUCACCGGCGUCGAUAUCAGCCCCAUCCAACCCCAGGUGGUUGCGCCCAACUGCUUCUUUGAGAUAUACAACGCCGAGAGCGAGUGGCCGUGGAGGAUCCCCCAUGAUUUCGUCUUCAUGCGGCACAUGAACACGGCGUUUGCGAGCUGGCGCCACACCAUCGAAAAGGUCUUUAGGAAUCUCGCCCCCGGCGGCUACAUCGAACUUCAGGACAACACCUUCCCCAUCAUGAGCUACGAGGGCACCAUGCCCCCAAACAGCGCCAUCGCGAGGUGGUCGUCGAUGCUGAUGGAGAGCACCCGCCUCCUCGGGCGGCCCUGCGACGCGCCGUCGCAGUUCAAACGCCUGCUCGAGGACGCCGGCUUCGAGGGCGUCGUCGAGAUCAAGCGCGUCUGGCCCAUCGGCGAGUGGGCCGCCGGCCGCCGUCACUUCAUCACGGGCUCGCUGUGCCUCGACACCUCUAUCGCCGGCCUCGAGCCCUCCACCCUGCGCCUCUUCACCUCCGUCUUUGGCUGGAGCGUCGAGGAGACCAAGGACUUUUGCCGCGAGGUCGAGGCCGAGAUCAGGAGCCAGCGGUACCACGCCUACUUUAACGUAUACUGUGUCUAUGGGAAGAAACCCUACUGGGCUUGA